AUGUUUGUUGAACUUCUCUACCUCAUACCUUUCGAAUACCAAGCUGCGUCACGUUGCAUGGCCAUUGUUUCAUUGGACUCGGAUGAGCUUUCUGGACUUUGGCUUCUCGUCGCAUUCGCUUUCGACUUGCCAGCAGCCAUGCUGGACGAAGACACGUCCUUGCCUUGGUGGCUGGUGACGUUCCUGAAUGAUUUAUGCUGA